AUGGCCGAGGAUCAGAUGAGAACCAUUCGCGGGAUUUCCCUUCAAGACCCAACCUUCGAUAACCGCCAAGAUGGUCUUGGAAUAGGCAACACAAAGCCUCAAAUCUCCUGGCGCUUCGUACACAACGAUCUCAACAUCAGAGGCUGGCAACAACAGGGAUAUGAGAUUGAGCUCGAACGUAGGGAUACAGUGGAAACAUAUCGCGUGGACUCUGCCGAAUCGGUUCGCGUGCCAUGGCCAAGUUUGCCUCUUUGCUCACGAGAGAUCGCUAGCGUCCGCGUCAGAUCAAUCGGAGUCUCUGAAAAUUUCGAAGAACCCACGACAACGGAAUGGUCGGCUUGGGCUUCAGUUGAGACAGGACUCCUCAACAAGGAAGAGUGGCGCGCUCAAUUGAUCACUGGCCAGCAAGAAACAUCCCUCGAAAAUCCGAUCCGACCACUUCUGCUGAAGCGAUCGUUUGAAAUCCCUCAAGUCAGCCAAAGCAUCAGUAAAGCACGCCUUUACGUAACUGCACAGGGGGUUUAUCAUUUCUAUCUGAACGGCACUCGUGUGGGUGACCAUUUCAUGGCACCGGGUUUCACAUCCUAUCGAUUCCGAUUUUCAUACCAUGUCUUUGACGUGACAAACCUGCUUCAGAGUGGCUCAACAAAUUUUCUUGCAGCAGAAGUUGGGGAGGGGUGGUUUGCGUCAAGUCUGUGGAGAGAAGGAAGGCAGAUCUUUGGCAAGGACAUUGGGUUGAUUGCUCAGUUGGAGAUUUCUUUCAACGACGAUGAUGAGCCACUGGUUGUCACUACAGACGCCGAGUGGGAAUGGAAUACCGGGCCUAUGCUGGCUAGCGAGAUUUAUGAUGGCGAGACAUAUGAUAUGUUAGAAGAACGGCCAGGUUGGAAAACUGGAUCCGAUCCCCAGGUCGGCACUUCAUGGACGGAAGUCACUGUUUUACCCCUUCCUUCUGCCACAUUCUCGGCGCCAGAUGGUCCUCCCGUUCGUGCGACUGAGGAGGUUCGACCACAAAGAAUCCUCAAAUCGCCCUCCGGCAAGUUACUCCUCGACUUUGGACAAAACUUGGUGGGAAAACUAUGCAUUCGUGGGUUGCAAAAGCCAGCUGGACAUCGUGUGGUCUUCCAACAUGCAGAAGUUCUAGAGCAUAAUGAGAUUUGCAUGCGUCCGCUUCGCGCUGCAAAAUGCACUGAUAUUAUUGUGUGCUCUGGUGGUGAACUAGAAAGUUGGUCUCCAAGCUUUACGUUUCACGGGUUCCGCUUUGUCCAGGUGGAAGGAUGGGCUCCACAAGACGAGCGUUGUCCGCUACGAGUAGAAAAUAUCACAGCGAUUGUCUUACACAGUGAUAUGAAACGCACAGGCUGGUUUUCCUGCUCAGACGACAUGAUCAACAGACUCCACGAAAAUUCAGUCUGGAGUAUGCGCGGGAAUUUCCUCUCUAUCCCGACAGAUUGCCCACAACGAGAUGAACGUCUUGGUUGGACUGGUGACAUUCAAGUUUUCAGCCCUUCUGCAAACUUUCUCUACGACACCGACGGCAUGUUGGCUGAUUGGCUUGUUGAUCUCGAACUGGAGCAAAAUGAAGAUAACGGCGUUCCUCCGAUGAUAGUGCCCAACGUUCAAUAUGCGAAAGAGUCGCGCCCGCCGCAGGCUGUUUGGGGGGAUGCUUCCAUCCUAGUCCCAUGGGCAUUGUAUAAAUCGUUCGGCGACAAAGAUAUUCUAUCACGACAAUAUCGCAGUAUGAAAUCUUGGCUGGACAAAGGCUGUUCUCGUGGUGAAGAUGGGUUGUGGACAACGUCACUUUGGCAACACGGGGACUGGUUAGAUCCCUCGGCCCCAUCUGAAGAUCCUGGUAAUGGCCAGACAGACGGUGUCUAUGUCGCCGACGCCUAUCUGGUCUAUGUAACCGGGAUUAUCAGCCAGGUAGCCACGGUUCUUCAAUGCCGAGAAGAUGCACAAAGAUAUUCGGAGGACCAUAUCCGCCUCAAGCAUGUCCUUCAAGAGAAAUAUAUCACCCCGAAAGGGAUGGUAAUGUGUGAUACUCAAACCUCGUUAUCAUUGGCCUUGUUCUUCUCACUCUUCGCAUCAGAAGAUCAGAGAAAAAAUGCUGGUGAGCGCUUGGCUCGAAAAGUACGCUUUGCCAAAUUCCGGGUUGCCACUGGAUUUGCCGGUACCCCAAUCGUGACUCAUGCACUGAGCAGGACAGGCUGGCACCAACUUGCAUACAGGAUGUUAUUAGAGACUAGUUGCCCCUCGUGGCUCUAUCCUGUCACUAUGGGAGCCACCACAACCUGGGAACGAUGGAAUAGCAUGCUCUCAGAUAGCACAAUCAAUCCAGGGCAGAUGACAAGUUUCAACCACUAUGCACUGGGGUCUGUUAUCAACUGGCUUCAUGAAUAUGUUGGGGGAAUCAGUCUGGUCGAACCUGGUUGGAAAGUCUUUAAAGUGCAGCCGAUUCCAGGUGGGACGAUACGCAGCGCCGACAUUCAAUAUGAGAGCCAGUAUGGGCUGAUCAAAUGUUCCUGGCAGUUGGAUGUGAAUUCGGUCUUCUCGAUGAAACUUCAGAUACCUCCCAAUUCAUCUGCUCUGGUCAUUAUGCCAGAGAAGGAGGCAAAUGCGAAUUCGGGCACAAUCUUAUCCUCUGGAAGCUAUGAUUUUUCGUGUCACUAUCAUGCUGAUCCGUGGCCCCCAACUCCCCUCGAAACUUUAUUUAAGCCACCUGCUCGGAAGGUCAUUUGUCAGUGA